CGGCGGCGCCACGGCGAUCGAGGCCGGCGCGACCUCCGGCCUCCCCGGCAUCAGGCUCGCGGGGGUGACCAACACGGUGCACUCGUACGACGUGGACAAGCGGAGGUGGACGAGGUUACAUCCAGCUGGAGAUCCUCCAUCUCCAAGGGCUGCACAUUCUGCUGCUGCUGUGGGCACCAUGGUUGUUUUCCAGGGUGGGAUUGGACCAGCGGGGCAUUCGACAGACGAUCUCUAUGUGCUUGAUCUGACAAACGACAAGUUCAAAUGGCACCGGGUUGUUGUUCAGGGGGCUGGUCCUGGUCCUCGCUAUGGUCAUUGCAUGGAUUUGGUAGCGCAGCGUUACCUUGUGUCAGUCUCGGGAAAUGAUGGAAAGCGGGUCUUAUCAGAUGCUUGGGCUUUGGACACAGCUCAGAAACCAUAUAAGUGGCAGAAACUUAACCCUGAUGGUGAUAGACCUUCAGCAAGGAUGUAUGGCACUGCCAGUGCACGCUCCGAUGGCAUGCUUUUACUUUGUGGUGGAAGGGAUGCUUCUGGGACGCCACUCUCUGAUGCUUAUGGACUACUUAUGCAUACAAAUGGUCAGUGGGAGUGGACUCUGGCUCCCGGGAUAUCUCCAUCUCCAAGAUAUCAGCAUGCAGCUGUCUUUGUUGGUGCUCGGCUGCAUGUUACUGGAGGUGUCCUUAGAGGAGGGAGAGCUAUUGAAGGGGAGGGUGCAAUUGCAGUUCUGGACACUGCUGCUGGAGUUUGGUUGGAUAGAAAUGGCAUUGUGACCUCUCGCACUCUAAAAUCUUCCAAUGAGCAUGAUGCUUCUUCGGAUCUGCUUCGUCGUUGCCGCCAUGCAGCUGCUUCUGUUGGUUCUCAGAUAUACAUUUAUGGUGGACUGAGGGGAGAUAUCCUCCUCGAUGAUUUUCUUAUUGCUGAGAAUGCACCCUUCCAAUCAGAAACUGAUAGGGUCCCAAGCACGGACAAGAAGUCAAUUGACAUGUUGACAGAGGCAUCAGCUGCCGAAGCUGAAGCUGUUAGUGCUGUAUGGCGAGCUGCAAAGGAAGCAUCUCAUGCAUCUUCAGAAGACAGUCUUUCAGAUGGAAUAGGAUCCGAGUCCCCUCUCAGUGAAACUUCACCAAUGGCUGAUGAUUUAGAUGAUGGGGGCUCCAUGGAACCAGAUGUGAAGUUGCAUUCUAGAGCAGUUGUAGUUGCUAAAGAAGCAGUAGGAGAUUUAGGAUGUUUGGUCCGACAGCUUUCACUUGAUCAGUUUGAGAAUGAAAGUAGAAGAAUGCAUCCCGCGAACAAUGAUCAAUCAUAUUCAUCGAAGAAAGCAUUAAAUAGACAAAGGUCUCCACAAGGUUUGCAUAAGAAGGUCAUUUCGCUCUUAUUGAGGCCAAGGAAUUGGAAUGCUCCAGCUGAUAGGACCUUUUUCCUGGACUCUUAUGAAGUUGGCGAGCUAUGCUAUGCUGCUGAGCAGAUUUUUAUGCAGGAACCAACUGUCUUACAACUAAAAGCACCAGUUAAAGUAUUUGGUGAUCUGCAUGGGCAGUUUGGGGACCUAAUGCGCCUUUUCGAUGAAUAUGGUUAUCCAUCUACUGCUGGUGACAUAACAUAUAUUGAUUAUCUCUUCUUGGGAGACUAUGUUGACCGAGGUCAGCACAGCUUGGAAACAAUAACAUUACUUCUUGCUCUUAAAAUAGAGUACCCUGAACAUGUCCACCUGAUUAGAGGAAAUCAUGAGGCUGCUGACAUCAAUGCUCUUUUCGGCUUCCGUCUUGAAUGCAUUGAGAGAAUGGGUGAAAGUGAUGGUAUAUGGGCUUGGACUAGAUUCAACCAACUAUUUAAUUAUCUCCCUCUGGCUGCUAUGAUAGAAAAGAAAAUAAUAUGCAUGCAUGGUGGCAUCGGGAGGUCAAUAAACAGUGUGGAGCAAAUUGAAAAAAUUGAAAGGCCUAUUACAAUGGAUGUCGGAUCUAUUGUCCUCAUGGAUCUUUUAUGGUCUGAUCCUACAGAAAAUGAUAGUGUAGAGGGUUUGAGGCCAAAUGCACGAGGACCUGGCUUGGUAACAUUUGGGCCUGAUCGAGUGGCAGAAUUCUGUAAACGAAACAAAUUGCAAUUGAUCAUAAGAGCUCAUGAGUGUGUUAUGGAUGGAUUUGAGCGUUUCGCCCAUGGGCAGUUGAUCACUUUAUUUUCAGCCACUAAUUAUUGUGGCACUGCAAAUAAUGCUGGCGCCAUACUUGUGGUGGGAAGGGGACUAGUUAUUGUCCCGAAGUUAAUUCAUCCACUUCCACCACCUGUUAAUUCUCCUGAGUCAUCCCCUGAACGUGCCAUGGAUGCCACAUGGAUGCAGGAACUUAACAUACAGCGGCCACCUACACCAACUAGAGGACGGCCGCAUUCUGCUGGUGACAGGAACUCUCUUGCUUACAUAUGAUACAUAGCCGACCCCCUCCAUCUUGACCCUGUAUGUUUCUCGUCAGAAAUUUCUUCGCCAGUUGCAAGGUACAUACAUUAUACCUCGGGACAGCCAGCCAACAGAGCAUCAUGGACUCCCAAUUUUUCGAGACAUUGCCCGGUAGUUAAGUUGAUAGUGACUCAUCAGUGUUCAGUGCAGUCAGCCCCUCAUUGGGGAGCUACAUACAUAACAGUUCUGAAGGGAAGAAUGGAAUGUUGUCAGAUAAUUGUUGGAAAGUGGGAGUCUGUGUGUAUCAUUGUCGCGGUUUACCUGUAACUGUAGUGUUGUACAUGUUUAGAUCAUUGUUCAUCCAGAGCAAGAAGGCUUGUAAUGUGUUCCGUAUACCGUGUUCGUUACCAUUUAGGACGCUGCUUGCACAGCGCAGCUAUACAAGUUUUACUGAGUUAGAUUGGCUGGAGGAAAACUACCUCCUCGUGAUGUUGUAACUGAAGUGUUGUUGAUUAAAUUUGUUAUAGGAAUGUUUACAAUAAGUUUAGUUUA